UUUUUUCUUAUAACAACGCAGAUGUUUUAGAGUUCAUCCUUUAGUUAUAGUUGAAGCAUCACAAACUAAUUCAUCAACAAAAUCAAUUUCGUUGAAAAAAAAAUGGGAAAAGUUGUGUUUUCCGUUACCUUGUUUUGUAUUUUGUCCUUAUAUAAUGUCUUUGGAUACAGGGAAAUGACAAAACGUUUUUUCUGUAAACCUGGUGAGUGUGGCCCUGGGCAAUGUUGCAAGAAAUAUUUUUUGCCCCCAGCAAGCGUUUGCAUGAGUUAUAUACCUGAAGGAGAAAGAUGCAUGUUUGGGGACGCCGUCAAUUUAGGUUGUGGGUGUGCACCUGGCCUUGAAUGCAUGUUUAAAAAAUUCUUUUGGUAUUGUGUAAAACCAAAUAACGAACCUGAACCCGAUGAAGAAGAAAAAGAAAUAAAUCAGCUCGGAAACGAACAAAUAAAUGAAGAUGAUUUAAAUGACGAAAGGAAAUAUUUUAAACAAGAUAAAUAAGAAAAAAACCUUUUAUAACUUUCCAAAGAAAAUUCACAAUUUCAAUAAAAUAAAUUACCUUUAGAUAAA